AUGGACUUGCGACGAGCCCUAUCCAACCUUUUUGGCAAGUUCGACCUCGGCAAGUUCCAGCUUGGCCAAUUCCAGCUUGACAAAUUCAAGCUUGACAAAUUCAAGCUUGACGCAGCCGGUUUAGUAGCUCUGGCGGACCUCCAGAGUAUCGCUAAAUGGACUGCUAUCACUGGUACUUCAUCUUUCAUGGAUAGUCUUUUUCUGGCGCCAGGCAUUCAUAAACAGUCCUCGGCCCCUAGUCUAAGUGGUGGAGAGUUUCCCCCAAUGGGAGCUUUGACGUCAGGAUACGUUUUUCGGAUUGAGAAUGAAGCCACAGUGCACUUUCUGCAAAGUGUCGGAAAAACCGGCAAUCUACUCAACCUAGUCGUGGACUUGCCGCCUACUACCAUCAUGGAGAAGUUGAGAUACUUUAUCGAAAGCCCUGGGAAGGUUCCACUCUUCCUCUAUUCAAUUGGUCAGGUCUUGACAAUCGCUGUUAUUAUCAUCCUUGCAUUUUUGGAAGACUGGUGGGCCCUGGUGACACUUGCCAUGUGGAUGUCUGCUCGGAUUUGCAACAUCUGGUCUAUCAAAAGACGGAGUCACAUUGGCUGGAAAGGCAAGGUAGAGCCUGGGGUGAAUGGUGAUCUUCUUAUUUUGCUCACCCAAGACCGAUGGAUUCGUCUUCGGGGAACAGUCGAUGAUUUGAAGGCUGUUACUUCCGGGCAAUGGCUCCGGGACAAAACUUUGCUUGACGAACUCCUCAUCGCCUUCUCAACUCUUGUGGUAUACCUGUCCGCUGUGCUCUCGGGAAACUCGUCCACAACGGGUAGUCUGUAUCUUCUUUGUCUAUUGCUUGUAUCAGCGGGGCUAUUGGAACUAUGUACGGGAUUAUCAAAUGGUUUCCGAAUGUAUGGGCGUCAGCUCAGGGUGGUUGGCAAGCCGACCCCUUAUACACGGCGACUGGACUUGGCAGAGGAACUCAUACAAGAGACAGGAAGGGAUGACUGGGCAAUUGGUCUCGGCAUGAUAUUGACACCCACGGGUCGAGGCGAGGGACCUGUUCUUCUCUGA